AUGAGUCGGCUGUUGCUGCCUACACUUUUAUCAAUCUCUAGAAAUCAGGUUCGAGCUGCGCCACCGUGCCACAGUCUGUACGGACGUCACAGGAGCUUUGUUCAUUGGACGAGUGCUGCUAUGUCACAAGAUAGUGGCUCUGCUUCUGGAGCUAGAACAUAUUGCUCCCUAGAAGAUUUAACAGCCAAAAAGUGUGUGCCAUGCAACGCUAAGGAUCUGCGCCCCAUGACUGAACAAAGUGCCCAAGAACUACUUCAAAAGGUUUCUGGAUGGGAUAUGGCUAAUGAUAAUGGUACAUUAAAGCUGCAUCGAUCGUGGGUAGUGAAGAGUUUUACAAAAGGACUAGACUUCUUCAAACGUGUUGCUGAUAUCGCUGAAUCAGAAGGUCAUCACCCAGAUUUGCAUCUUGUAGGCUGGAAUAAUGUGAAGAUCGAUAUAUGGACACAUGCCAUAGGUGGUUUGACCGAGAACGACUUCAUUCUUGCUGCUAAGAUCAACGAGCUCCAAGUGGAAGAUCUUCUGAGGAAGAAGAAAGUUGCCAAAUGA